AUGCAUGGAGCCGAAAUAGGCCAACACAAGCGCUAUCAUUGCUACAAGAUUCGCUAUCCUUCCCCUGAUGGUCCCUUCAGUACCUCUGAUCCUUGGACUCUUACCGAAGAGCAUCUACUCUUGUACGCAAUUGAUGACUUUGGCUACGGAAGCUGGGACGAUUGUGCCAGAUUGGUGUCUGGAAAGACCCCCGAGGAAUGCCGGCGACAUUUCGAGACAUUUUAUUUAGGCGGUGUCGCUGGCCGGAUGUUUUUUCCAAAGAAUAAACCCUCUACUGCCGUUGAACAUCCCGAACAUAAAAAUGACAUAAACACGCAGGAGUGUCAGAUUUUACUACGGGAAGCUUUCAAAUUGAUCGGUUUCAGCAGCAAACGUGACGAAUUUGAAAUUGAAUAUGAUAACUUCGCUGAGGCUGCAAUAACUCUCUCUGUCGCGCACCUCGAUUACGAAACGAUCAGUCACGAAAUGGAAGACAUGGAUACAGAGUUCAAGUUGGCUCGCCUAGAUCACUAUCGGCGCCGAUUAGCCGAGCGUGAACGUCGAAAACGCUUGGUUAUUGAUUAUGGUCUUAUUGGGUUGUUCUCGCAGAAAGCGAUUUCAUUGGACAUCAUUGUGCAUGACUCUUUCCCUUUAGCAAUGCAACGCGGCAACAACGCUUCGAUUGCAUUCCAGAAAUUACUACCUUUUAAAACAUUCCGUGAGUUCUUCGCCAGUUUGCAUAAAGUGAAUAUCCUCACAGCUGAGAUACAAAAGCUACAGGAAUAUAGAUUGAAUGGACUUACUAGAAUUAAUGAAAUUAUCCCUUUUCAAAUUGCAAGGAGCAGACGAUAG